UCUAAGUUCGCGUCUGCUAUUCCUAUUGCAAUUGCUGUUGCUAUUUCCCUGCGACCACUCCAAUCCAAACCAAAUCACACGACACGUAGAGGCACAGGCGCCCAAAUUUUCGAAGCUACACGCCAAGAUUUUGGAGAAAGAAGCGUAGCGGAAGAAGAAAAGCAAGAGAGAGUGUUACUCGGAGAAAAGCAGAGAGAGAGAGAGAGAAAGAGAGAGAGAGAUUGGUGGUAGUUGUGGCUGUCAUUAAUGGCGGAGGUGAAGGAAGAGAGUAAAUCGAGUAGCGAGGAGAGUGUGAAGCUGUUCGUAGGUCAAGUGCCGAAGCGCAUGACGGAGGAUGAAGUGCUUGCAAUGUUCAAGGAGUUCGCGUUGGUUGACGAGGUCAACAUCAUCAGAGACAAAGUUUCUCGUGCCUCCCGAGGAUGCUGCUUUCUGAUUUGUCCGUCCAGGGAAGAAGCAGAUAAGGCGGUCAAUGCCUGUCACAACAAGAAAACGCUGCCUGGGGCUUCCAGUCCAUUGCAAGUGAAGUAUGCUGAUGGCGAAUUGGAAAGAUUAGAACACAAACUCUUUAUUGGCAUGCUUCCAAAGAACAUUUCUGAAGAUGAGGUCUCGGAUCUUUUCUCAAAGUAUGGAGACAUAAAGGAUUUACAGAUUUUAAGAGGUUCUCAGCAGACAAGUAAAGGGUGUGCAUUUUUGAAGUAUGAAACCAAAGAUCAGGCCGUAGCUGCUCUUGAGGCAAUCAAUGGAAAACAUACAAUGGAGGGUUCAGGUGUUCCUUUGGUUGUUAAAUGGGCAGAUACUGAAAAGGAAAGACAAGCUCGAAGGGCUCAAAAAGCACAGUCCCAAGUUUCUAACAUGCCUCAUGCUGAUCCUCAACAACCCUCAUUAUAUGGAGCCUUGCCAAUGGGUUAUGUUCCUCCAUAUAAUGGAUAUGGUUAUCAGGCUCCUGGCAGUUAUGGGCUCGUGCCAUACCGUUUUCCACCAAUGCAGAAUCAACCAGGUUUUCAUAAUAUGAACAUGAACCAAAUAAAUGCAGUGAGGCCUGAACUUGGUCACAGUAUGAACCCUAGAAAUUAUCCUGCACCUCCUGCAAGUUACAUGGGCUCAUAUCCUGCCAUGCCAGGUAUACAGCAUCCAAUGGUAUAUCCCAGAGGAAUUGCAAGUCCGAGGCCAGUGAGUAGUUCUCUUGGUUCUGUUUCACCUGCAGGUGGGAAUAGCAACUAUUCAUCUUCAGGUGCCAGUAAAAGUUCCAAUGGUCAGAUUGAAGGACCACCCGGUGCCAAUUUAUUUAUUUAUCACAUUCCUCAAGAAUAUGGAGAUCAAGAGCUUGCAAAUGCAUUUCAACAGUUUGGUAGAGUUUUGAGUGCUAAAAUUUUUGUUGAUAAAGCGACUGGCGUAAGCAAAUGUUUUGGGUUUGUUAGUUACGAUACUCCAGAAGCUGCUCAAUCUGCCAUUAGUAUGAUGAACGGUUGCCAAUUAGGUGGUAAGAAAUUAAAGGUUCAGCUCAAGAGGGAUAACAAACAGAGUAAGCUUUACUGAUGAUGGUGGAUAAUAGAAAGCUGUAUAAUUCUCAUUUCUCCUGACCCAUCUGUUGUCAAUACAAUUUGUAAUUUUCUGUAACAUGGAAAAUUCAUUUAGACAUUGAUUAUUAAUUUAUUGAUUUUUCCUAUAGAACACAUUGAUUAUAUUAGAAGUUCAUUUCUUUAUUGGUUUCA